AAAGCAGCCUGCAUCUACAGUACGUAACACACAACAGUCACUGCACUCACGGCGAGGUGUCAUGAUUAUCAAAUGCAUAAAGUAACACGAUAGUUAACUCUCUGGACCAAUCUGAUCUGGAUAACGACAGUCGACGAGAUUAGAAACUGCACCGAUUCAUUCGAAGAAAAUGGAGCCUUGUAUCUUCCACGAGAACAAGACAGGGUUUGAGUGCUUACGGCGACAGUUACAACGAUCUAAAGUUUUACCUCGUCACCUCUCACCGCGUCUUGCAAUGGCUGUCUGUUCGUGCAGGAAGACACGCACAGCAACGAUCGACAUAUCAAAUGAAGACUUCUCCAACCUAAAACAGACCUUGAAAAUACAUUUCGACCAGUGGAUCAGCACAGCAUCUUCAUCAGCAUUGGCCGUAGCUUGGAAAGUUCUCUGUACUGACUCUGCUCCCACCUCAAGUGAAAAGUGUCUUCUGUAUAUUAUUGAACGCGCCUUAAAAGGGGACUUCACUCUCCUGGAGGCGGAGAAGAAGACCUGUACAAGGUGGUUGCUGACAGGGGAUGCCGUACCUAACAGUGGAAGCAAUGACGACAACGACAAUAGCAGCAACAAAGCCCCUAAACUGACACAGAGGCAAAAAGGACUGAUGGUUAAGAAGCGUAAACGCAAAAUGCCCAUCCGUGGUAGUGUCCAUAUUCCUCUGAACGGAGACCAUAUUGUGUUGCUUUAUAAGGCUGUUGGCGCGCAGUUUGAGAGAAUAUUUCAUAAAUUUAAAUGUGUCAUCGAAGUGGACUGGGAAGCCACUAACAGCAAUGUAGAGAGGAGCAUCAACCUGACGACUUUGUCGGUGUGGUGCCGGUCGAGUCAGACACUCACUGACAUCAGACGCUACCUGCAGGAGAUGCUCAGCGACAGGCGACACAUACUGAACGUCAUGAAUAUGAAGAGAAAUACACACCGUGACGAUGACACACCGAUUGAACAUGACAUUCAUCUCAGCUAUCAGCUGACCGAUCACUUUACUGAGAAAGUUCUAGGGCGGAAAAGACAUCGUAACAGGUGCAGGCAGUCGCGCCAGCGUGUCAAGUCGCUUCCGUCAGCGUUGGACACAAUGCUGUGCGACAGGUGUCAGCAACCCUACUCUGAGGUGUUGUACAAGGAUAUACCCUGCAGCUUCCACCCCGGACAGAGAGGUCAGUGA